AAAUUUUUAUGUCAGUUUCGGCCAUUUUAGCGUAGCAAGGACGUUUCUUGCAUUUAAGAAACGUAAAGGGUGGUGCGUUUAUUCGUCGGCGGUUCAAAGGAUUCCCUCGAUCAUCUAUCGAAAAUAAAAUGUGAUUUGUAAAUUGGCGAAUCGAAAGGAACAUCUGACAGAGUGAAAAACUGAGAACCAUGGACAACACAGAUCAGCCCAAUUCCAUCUGCCAGGUGGAACGCAUCGAGAUGUACCAGUUACCCCCCACAGAUCCGAAGCUCUCCCUCCCGUUCAACCUCCUCGAAGGGGAGGCUGUAGAGCAUCACGGUACAUCCAGGGACGGCCUCAUCCUGAUCACGAACUACAGGCUGUACCUCCAGAUAACCAGGAACCAUCACCACGUGCCCCUGGGGCUCAUCGAGACAGUCGAGCAGAAAGAACUUUUCUAUUUGUACAUAGGCUGCAAGGAUUGCAGGACGUAUAAGUGCACGUUUGAGAAUAACGAAUCUUGCCUGGAGUGGUACGAUAAGAUACUUAAGGCUGCCGAGCCCCCCAAACAGCUGAAUCAGCUGUUUGCGUUCUUCCACUUUGCCCAUUUCAAAGGCAGCGAGGAUCGAGUCCAGAAGCCUUAUUGCUUCGAUUUGAACAGCUUCACGAUGGAGAUGGAAAGACUGCAGUUUGAGAAAUCGUUGUGGAGGAUAAGCAGGGUGAACGUGAAUUACGAGGUUUGCUCCUCGUAUCCCCCAUACCUUCUGGUGCCCAAAGAUAUCGACGAUGAAGAACUGAAGAAGGUGUCAAAAUUCAGGAGUUCCCAAAGGAUCCCGGCUGUGGUUUGGAGGCACACUAAAAAUGGGGCUGUUGUUGCCAGAUGUAGUCAACCGGAGGUCGGUUGGUUCGGAUGGAGGGGCGAAGAAGACGAGAAGCUGUUACAGUUGAUCUCCAAGAGUAUAGACAGCAGUAAACAGGAGAAGAAGGUUGGUUUUGGACUGGUUAUCGUCUUGUUUGUAACCUUGAGGUUUUUUUUGCAGGUUUUGAUCUUGGACGCUCGUUCCUACGCCAUCGCUGUCGCCAAUAGGGCCAGAGGUGGGGGUUGUGAGUGUCCCGAGUACUACUCGAACUGCGAGAUACAAUUUAUGAACCUGGCCAAUAUACAUUCCAUCCGUAAGAGUUUCCAGGCUUUGAGACUGCUGUGCACCUCCAGCUCUGAUCAAACGUGGCACAGCCAACUUGAGAACACGAAGUGGCUGCAGCACAUGUCCGGUCUGAUGAAGGCGGCCGUAACCUUGGUCACAGCGGUAGAUUCCGACGCCAGGUCGGUCAUGGUGCAUUGUUCCGACGGUUGGGACAGGACCCCACAGAUUGUGGCUCUUGCGGAGCUUCUACUGGACCCUUAUUACAGGACGGUGGAUGGUUUUCGUGUACUCAUCGAGAGAGAAUGGUUGGCCUUCGGUCACAAAUUCGCAGAUCGUUGUGGACAUUCCACCGGUAGCGAGGACCUUAACGAGAGGUGUCCGGUGUUCUUGCAAUGGCUGGAUUGCGUCCAUCAACUGUUGAAACAGUUCCCCUGCGAUUUCGAAUUUUCCGAAGCUUAUUUGGUUAAACUGGCACAACACAUAUACUCCAAUCUGUUCGGUACGUUCCUGUGCAACACCCUCCAGGACAGACUGAAGAUCGUCAACAACAGGACUUUUUCCGUUUGGGAGUUCCUGAAUUCCCCCAGGUUCAAAAAUCACCUGUACGAACCAUCCGGCAACUUUACCACACCGAAGGUCAUAUGGCCCCAGACCAACGUCAGAGACCUCUAUCUGUGGAGGGAGGUUUAUCUGGGGACUAUGGAGGCUAAUUUCAGGGCCGAGUGCGGCUCCGAGUCCUGCCCCGGACCGCCCGACAUCCUGGCCUAUCACAUGACCAAGACCAGGUCGUAUAACGACCUGGCAGCCAUGUCCGAUUGUUACCAGGGUCACUUUAGACGAAGCAGCGAUCCUAGUUUGAAUAUCGAAAAGAAGCUGAACUCGGUGUCGCUCCAGGAGGCGCAGCAGCCGUCCCUGACGCACGAGAACGGCGUCCAGGCGCCGAAGGACGCCUCCGAGCUGGAGGAAUCGGCUGAUUUCGCGUUCGAGAAGGUGGCGACCAAGGCGGCGGCGGAGGAGGAGCCGCUGCAGAACGGUCACGGGGACGUCGCGAAGGAGAUCACGAACGGAGGUUCCGUGAACGGAGAGGAAGAGCUGUUGAACGGCGAUCCUUUCCUUUUUGACAACGUGGUGACGGCGGACGUCAAGAGUGUCGUCGAUAACGGGGAGCGCGACGUUACCGACUGCGGUAGAACUAAGAUUGAUGAGGAGGAGGUGGUGGACGAGAGUGUCGCGUUUUGUGGCGAGAGGUGCGUGGAGUCCGAGCCCAUACCGGUGCCCUCGAAGAGGGACGCGUCCGAUAAGUCGAUCGAGACCAGUUCGGAGACUCUUGUUUUGGACAAUAUGUUGUGUAGUUCAUCGCCCAGAGAUAUAAACGGAUUCGAAAAAAUCAAUGCACCCUCGCUGCCCAUCGAUAUACCCACGAGUAAAAGGAGCUGUGAUAACGGCGGCGUUAUUAGCUUAAACAGUAACCAUUUCGCCGAACAAUUGAACCUGAGCUCUUCGGAACUGUCCAAUUCUCCUUUGUUCUCGAGGACGUCCAGCAGCAACGGCUGGGACAACACGCUGAGCAGCCUGCAGAGGCAGAACACCUGCCAGUACGUCCAGUACCACCUGGGGGAAGACGGACUGAUACCCCUCAGGUCCUACAUACAGGAGAGGAUAACGAAGAUCAUCGAGGAGGGAAAGAAGAAGGAGGAGAAGCUGGAGAAGGAGAUACACACCUACAGGCAGGUCCUGAUCAACCAGUGGUGUCUCAAGUGCUGCGGCGAGAAGAUCGACGACAACGGGUCGGUUAUUGAGUCUGUUGGUUCGGCAGGUGAGGGCGAGGCCUCCGCUGUGGAAUCCCUACCGUCAGACAAGUCGUGGGAGAACCUCGAGUACGCCAUGUACAGCGAGAUGCAGGGGAUCAAGUGGGUGCCAGAUCACGCGGUCACCAGAUGUACGAACUGCAACAUCAAGUUUUGGAUAGGGAAGAGGAAGCACCACUGUAGAAAAUGCGGUAACAUAUUCUGCGCGGACUGUUCGGAGAACAGCACCCCCUUACCCUCGGAGCAGCUCUACGACCCGGUGCGGGUGUGCACGGGCUGUUACAACAAACUACAAAGAGACUGUACAGAGAUGCCGAGUCAAUGCAAGCAGGGCGCGUGCGCCCAGACGACAAACAACACCCAGAUCGCGGCGUCGAGCAACUAAAACUCGUCGUCUAUUCACUUUCCAUUGAUGUAUAAACAGAAAAAAAAACGGAGUAAGCCCGAUGACAGUCGCCAAUAGACUCGUAUUAAAAUCGCGAGAACGGUGUUUUAGCUGUUUCUCUGUGUGACAAUGUACGUUCGAGCCCCUACGCGUCUGCUGUCAAUCUUUUGACAUUGACAAUUUUGACGUUGACUGAUGGGUUUGACGGAUGCGUGUGAGGUUAUGUUUGAUAGGUCGCGGAAUGAAGAUUGGUGCGGUGUGAUUUUUAUAACGUUGAUGAUUAAUAGAAAAUUGUGGAUUUAGAGAAAAAAAAGUUGGGGGGGUUGAGUAGUGAAAAAAGGUUUUCGAAAUUUCGCGUCGUUUGAGGGGGGGGCUUGUUAUACAUCUCGGCCAGGCAUUCAAAAUUACUUAACUUUCUUGAAGCACCAUCCGUUUGGAGGACUUUUGAGAGCACAGUGAUAUUUGUUGAUGGUUUUAAAUAUCCCUUAUUUAUUUUUUCACCGUGAAAAUUUUAGGACGGUCCUUUAGGUAAUCCUGAAAGUCAUUUUUAAUUUAUAGCUUAAUUUUAACAAUGUUUCAGCGAGUUUUAAACAAUGAUGGAGACAAAAAAAACGCAGGUUGAAUUCGAGCUUGGAAAUUCCCAACGCAAGAAAUUAUAUUUGAAAUAUCUUGUAAUUGCACUAUCGAUUGUUUUUAAAAUCAUUAUAAAUGUUCACCAGAAAUUGUUGAGAUUAAAAAUGCCUAUUUGUAUAAAAAAAUAAAGUUAUACCCAGAACAACUUCACGAAAUUGGUAUAAGUUAAAA